UACUUUUAUUUUUCUGAUAAAGAAAAAAGAAACAACAUUUUCCUUGCUUAUUUUUUUAAACUACUGUUACAUUCGUGAUAUUUGCGACACGAAAACGAAAUCCAGAAAUAUAUUUUUUAAAAUUGUUUUAAAAAACUUCAAGCCGAUUUUAUGAACGUGUUAGUUUAAACAAUUUUUGUUUUUUAAAUAAAUAAAUGGUGCACACAAUUGGUGGUAUAUUGCAAUUGUUGUUGCAAAACCUUUUCAAUACGCAGAGGAGAUAUUUGUCAUGAGUUUUAUUGCAACAACGUCCGCCACCACAAAAAGUCCAAUUUCUUCUCCACCCUCAUUAUCUACAACAUCGCUAAUGAUUAAAAAUCCAGUCGAAACCCCUAAUUGCCCAGAAGGGGGGGACAGUAGUUGCUCGGAAAGGCAAGAGACCGCAGAGGGCUUUCUGAGUAACACACAAGAACCUCUUGGAAAUAUUUCUUUUUCAACAAUCAAAAACGCUGUGCAAUCUUCACCAAAAAAUUCGUCAAAUAUAGGAAAUACUUCUGAAUCAUUCGAUAUUGUAAAUUCAGAACUAAAAAACGUUGGUUCACCUGAAAAUAAGCGAGAUCAAAGUUCAAAUCAAACACAACACUUGACACCGCCAACAGAAGGAAAUAACUCCAAAGCUGAUUGUACGGAGGACUCUACAAGCAAAUCAAGUGACAGUUCAUCACUUUAUACUUCUGGAGAAGCUGUUAAAACACCUCCACCAUCGGAACCAAUCGAAAAACCUAAAAGUGCAUCAAAAAUAUCUGAACGAGCUAAAAAGAAAUCGUGGUAUAACGUUAUUUAUCCAUCCUACAAAUCAAGAUCGAAAGUCUUUAAAAAACUCUUCAAAGAAGUUCCCAAUGACGAACGAUUAAUAGUUGAUUAUUCGUGUGCUCUACAAAGAGACAUCCUAGUACAUGGUCGAUUGUAUGUUUCUCAGAACUAUCUAUGCUUUUAUGCGAAUAUUUUCCGAUGGGAAACGUAUUUAACAAUCAAAUGGAAGGAUGUCACAUCCAUAACUAAGGAAAAAACAGCUUUAGUUAUACCCAAUGCAUUAUCUGUCUGCACCGAAAAAGAUAAACAUUUUUUUGCAUCGUUUACAACUCGUGAUAAGGCGUUUUUAAUGCUCUUUCGAGUAUGGCAAAAUACAUUAAUGAACAAACCCAUGCUGCCGCAGGAAAUGUGGCAAUGGGUGCAUAAUUGCUAUGGUGAUGAAUUAGGACUAACUACAGACGACGAAGAUUACAUCGAUCCAUUAACCAUCGAGGAUAUUCCAAGAGAAGUCGACAUUAGCGUAUGCGAACAAAACACUAAAGAUCUUCAAAAAAUUACUUCCAAUACAACGAGUAGCUCCGAGAAAGCUACUAGUGAUACUAAUAGUGGUGGAGGAACAGGAAGUGAAAAAGAUAAAAUGAGCUCAAAGGGGGCAACGAAACUCGAUGAGAGUUUAGUUGAAGCCGAAACCAUAAAUGGUAAUGGAGAAGGUACCAAACGAAAAGUUUCUAAAAAUUCUCGCCAACGGGAUGAAAGUUUGAAUAAAAAUUCCGAAACAUUGCCUACGGAUAUGUCCGAUUCAAGUGAUUCAGAGGAGAAUAAUAUUCCCUUUGUGAGUACGGUGGAAUGUACAUCUACACACGAGGGACGUCAAUUAGUGCACACGAUUCUUCCAAUAAAUAUUGAUACCUUAUUCAAUCUACUGUUUUCAAAAUCAAAAUUUUUGUUGGAAUUCCACGAGAACAGAAAGUCAACUGAUCUUUCACUUGGCGACUGGGUAACAAGUCCGACUGGUGUUAAAACAAGGACCGUCAACUUAACAGUCAUGCUGGCACAAUCGGUAGGACCGAAAAGUUCUAAGGUAACUGAAUCGCAGGUGAUGCGCGAUUGUAGUAAACCCGGGGAAUUGUAUUCCAUUGAUAUUGAUAGUACCAACGCUGGAAUUCCCUAUGCUGAUAGUUUUGGUGUUCUUUUACACUAUUGCUUAGUCAAAACUAUUGACGAUAACACAAUGCUGUCCGUUCAUGCGCAAAUAAAAUAUAAAAAAUCCAUUUGGGGAGUCGUUAAGGGCUUCAUUGAAAAAAACGCUUGGGCUGGUUUGGAAGAUUUUUACAGUGCUCUAUUACGUGCUCUCCAAAGUGAGACUUGCAUACCACCAGCCAAAGGCAAAGGACGUCGACCUAGGAAAGGAACAACUGCUGCUGUUAGACCUUCUGUGGAAGAAAUUCCUCCAGUUGUUUUUAUACCAGAAGUCAUUGAACCAAUUAUUCCUAUCCCAGUACAAGUCGUAAGCGAACCCACCAUCAAUUACAAAUGGAUGUCAAUAUCUGUUAUUGCUCUGCUAUUUUUACUGAUUGUUAUCAAUGUGAUAUUACUACUUAAGUUAUGGCGAUUAGAGGACCGCAUUCAAAGCGAUCUCAGUACUCGCCUUGUGCCUAAUCUAUCUCAGAUUAAAAAUCUACCAAACAAUCAUGAGGACUGGAUUGAUCUACUUAGACAGCAAGAACAACUUCACGAUACGGAGCUAAAAAAAUGGCACACGGUGCUACAAACUGCCAUUGAUCUAUUAAAAAAGGUGAGCGUUGUUUGUCAAACAAUUUAUAAGAAUGAGAAAUUAAGUCAACAUAUAGAGGAAAUCAAUGAUGAACUAUAAACCAAAAAACAGCUAAACAUGAUAAGUUAGAAUUAAAUCAGUCUACGCGCAAUAGCUUAAGCUAAAAAAGUUAAAAUAUUAUGGCAUGACACUUUUAAAGUCUUUUAAUAUGAAUUCAUUUUGAUAUGAACUUAGACUCAAAUGUUCUCCAAGAACUGAAAAUAACAUGAUAAAUGUAUAUGUAAAUGGUAUAAUUAUUUAAAUAUUGGAAAAUUUUAAUAUGUAUGUUGUGAUAGAAUAAGAAUUUUUUUUCGUGUAAUAGACUGAUACAAAAUGUCUUAACCCAUUCAAAAAACAAAUAUAACAAAUGCACUGCACUCAAUAUAAUAAACAAGUCCAUAAUAUUGCCAAAACAUAUGUUUACUAUCAUAUGUAUUUAUUUAUGUUUUUGUAAAGAAUAUUUAUGGAGUUAAAAUUUUUAAUCAAUCACAUAUUUUUCACAAAAAAGAUGGGUCUUGUGCUUGGGACAAGAUAUUUCGAAUCUGGCCCAGGUUCUGUAGUCAAGACACUGAAAAUUAAGUAUAUUUUAUGGUAGGCUUCAGAGUUGGCAAGACAACCGAUGCCAUAGGGUACACAACGGAGGGUAUGAACUCGCGAUCGGGAUUGAUUAAGAAAGAGACUUAUUGAAUGAGGAUCUCGGUCGGCGAGCCGAUGGUAAUAUUAUGGUAAAGAUCUUUUAGGGUUUACAGAUGUAGCAGAAUAUAUUUUUAUGAUUUCAUAAAAUGUGCAAUAUUUUUUGUUUGGAUUUUAUUGUUCGCUUCAAUCAAAUGACAUCGAAUGUCCUCGUUCCUUAUUUUCGUUAUUUAGGUUAUUGAAAACAUUCAGAAAUAAAAUGAUGUUGAACACUGCCCUUUUUAGGAUUGUAAUAAACAUUCUAAAAUAAGUUCCCCCAAUUAUCCUUUAGUUUUAUGGUAAAU